CGAAGGGGGCGGGGAGCUACGGCGCGCCACUGGUGACCAAGAACAUCACAAGCGGAGGGGGAGGAUUCCGAGUGCGCGGUGUUGCCAUAGCCCAACGGCCCGCCUAUGACACUGGGAGCGCAUUGUGCUGGGCCGUCCUGCCGGGAUGGACACUGAGGAGAAAGCAGAGAGGGACGAAGGUGAAAGCUUGCCAGAUGAAGUAAGGAAAGCCUCGGCCGGUAUUCCAUCCCCAAAUGCCGGCGUUGCUUCCGUAAGCGGCCUGGAUCCGGGGGCCUCAUCUAGGGAAGGGCGUGAACAGGAGGAGAAUGGCCCCAGCAAAAGAAGACUCUCCGGAACUCUAGAUAUGACUGAUGCUGCCUGGGAGAUUCCUGACAACGUGUGCUCGCCCAAACGCGUGAAGCUGGACGUUGCAGUCCAGGCCGAAGCAAGGGAAGGCGAUGCCCUUCAGUUCAGCCAGACUCAGACCACCGGUGCCACCCCGGGUAGCCCGUCGGGAGGAACAGCAGCAGAAGCUGCAGGGAGGGGCCGGUCGGAUGGGGACACGGGUUUGCCGGAUUCUCCGGCCUCUCAUGGGGACCCGGUCACUCUGGGUAAUGCAGCCCCACAGAGUCCAAGAGAGAAGGAGCAGUCGCAGGACGUGGCUUGCCAGGUUCCUGAAAGUGCCACCUCCUUCCACCUGGAAGAAGAGCUCAGCGUCAGCUGUACCGUUGGGGGCCUGGACCACGUUUUUAAAUGCAGAGUAUGUGACCAGUCCUUUCCUUCUUGUGCUGAUUUGGAGAAACACGCUCAGAGCCAUGCACAUCUAGCCAAAGAAAACGCGGGCCCCCAGCAGAGCCACAAGGCAGAGAGCAGCACGUCCUUGUGUGCCGCUGUCGGACCUACCCACGGACCCCGGAAGACCCUCUUUUGCCAUCUCUGUGGCUUCCGGUGUGGUGACGAAAAGCUCUUGCAAGCUCAUUGCCUCGGCAAGACUCACCUCCGGCGCCAAAAUCUCGCCGCCCGUGGGGGAUUUGUACACAUAUUGGCCAAAAGACCCUUCCCUAAAAAGCCCCAGGCAGCAGGCCCGGAGCUGCCCGGGGGAGCUGAAUCCGGUGUCAUCAAGCCAAGGGUGAGGAGUGCCGACGCGGAAGCGUUAAGAAGGGGCGGCGGAACACCGAGCGCCCUGAAGGAGAGCCAUUCCGAACAAGGGGAGGGCAGCCGACCUUUUGUUGAAACGAGGCUGUCGAGAAGCCCGACCUCAGGAAAAGCGGAGAAGGCCAAAGUGGAAAAAGCACUUUCUCUCCACGGCAAGAGGGAUGGCGAGGGCCCGGGUAACAGAAGUGAUGACCCGGGACCUCCCGGAUGUCACCCAGACCCAUCGGAACAUCCCUCCCGGGGCCUGCGGGCAGAGGGGAAUGCCCACACAAGCCGGAGGCUGGGGAGGUCAGGCACUGAGCGAACUAUUCCCCUGCUGCCUGCUGGGUUUCGACAAAGAAGGACUCUGGCUUUAAGAUCCCACGUGAAGAGAAGAUUGAAUAUUUUUGGCAUUAUUAGUAAAAGGGGCAGAAACGAAACAGCCCGGAUGUUUGCGAGACACAACUUUAGAACGCAAAAGAAACCGGUGACUAGAAGUCUAAUGUCUACUAAGGGAUUUGAGAUAAACAACGAUCUCACCGUUCAGUGCGCGACGACCACCUUGGAAGCCCGAGAACUUGGGCGGGGACAGGCAAACACCAAUCCACUGGGCUCCACCCAAGGGGACUCUCUGCCACUGAUACACGGGUCUGACACCCAAGGGCUCUGGAUGGGCAGCACCUGUGACUCUGCCAUUGAAAACAGGACAGAAGGCGGGGAACUGCAGGAAGAUGGAUGCCACCCAGGAGAGAUGCAGUCUCCCAGUCAGAUGGGCGACUCCUGCUGUGUGUCCAGGGUGGGCUUGGAAAAGCAUAUCCAGCAUGGAGCAGAAGGCUGCAGCUUCCAUUGCCAGCACUGUUCAUUUGUGGCCUCGGGUGAGACGAGCCUCCGAAAGCACCUGAAGGAGGGCCACGCUUUAACCUUUGCCUGUGGACCCUGCCAACUGGCCUUUCUGUCUAAGGAAGACCUAGUGGAUCACGAAAAGACCGAGCCACAUGUGACUUCGUCAGCAGCGCGGCCAGUUGCCUCUCAGCCAGCGGACCGAGAUUUGGCUCCUCCAACCGUAACUCCAACCACGCUAGAACCAAGUACUGUCCCACAGAGCCCCGUCGAAGAGAUGGCAGCGUUGGUGGAGAAAGACUCCCCCGAACUCAUGAGGGUGAACCACGGCGAAGACACAAAACAUUCCUCUCUGAAUAAGCCACAGUUUCAAUGUAAAAAGUGUUUUUAUAAAACCAGAUCCUCCACAGUCCUGAUGAGGCACAGGAAGCUGCGUCAUGCUCAGGACCACCACUUUCUUUGCAAAGCUUGUAAUCUGUAUUCUUUGAGCAAAGAAGGGAUGGAGAAGCACAUCAAAAGAAGCAAGCACCUCGAAAACGCUAGGAAGAACAACGUCGGUUUGCGUUUCGAAGAGUGCAUCGAAAGGGUGUGGAUCGGGGCCAGCGACUCUAAGAAAGCAGGGGAGCCCGACGGGCCCGGGGAUUGCGCGGCGAGAGGAGGCGGAGCUGGGGAUGCAUUCCGGGAGCCUGUCAGUCUGGCCGAGAGGACACCCAGGCGGGAGGACCCACUCCAGACCGGCUCCGUCAGCCAGGACAACGAGUUCACCUCGACUAAUGCCCCGAAGAGAGGGAGACCCAGAGGGAACAUUUCUAGGAGCUGCCCCCACUGUGGCCUCCUGGCCUCCAGCAUCACCAAUCUGACCGUCCACAUCCGACGCAAGCACAGUCACCAGUACAGCUAUUUGUGUAGCGUGUGCAAUUACUACACGGUCACCAAGGGUGACAUGGAGCGCCACUGCACCACUAAGAAGCACAGAGGGCGUGUGGCCACGGAAACCAGCGGGAAACAAAACCCGGGCAUCGUGGUUGGCCCCGCAGAUGGGAAUCUUGAAGCCGGGAGGACGAAUCCCCCUAGCCCGGGGGCCCUCUCGAACGACCCUGCCGGGAGCGCUGCUAGUAAGUCAGCCGACUCCGGUCUCUCCGCUGCAGAAAAGCCCCCGGUAGACCCUGGCGGUUCGGCAGAGGCGGAAGCCGGCACUGUACUCUGUUCCUCGGGCCAGGAGUGUUUCGAACCCCUUGUUGCCGACAAGGAGCCGGUCCCCGCAGAAGCAGAGGGCGCCGCCCAGGGCGCGGAGCUCGGCUUGCACAGCAGCGUGGCCUGUCUGAGCGAUAACAAGUGCCUGCAUUGUGAAUUUGUCGCUCACUCCUCUGCCUCUCUGGAGCUGCACGUCAAGCGGAGACACACCAAAGAGUUUGAAUAUUACUGCAUGGCCUGCGACUACUACGCAGUGACUCGCCGCGAGAUGACCAGGCACGCGGCCACAGAGAAGCACAAGAUGAAAAGGCAGUGUCACCUGUGCCCCGACUCCAGGGAGGAAGCGGAUUCCCCAGGAAUUCCCAGCGACCCCCCGGCCUCUCCCAAAGAGGUGUCGCACGAGCAAGAGUCCAAACCACUGAAAAACGUUUCCGCCCACACGGACCGGGCAGAACCGGGUGACCAGGGGCCGGAUCCUCAAGACGGGCCGAACUUGCGGGGCUGUCCUGCCCCAGAGGAGGAUUUGGAGGCACCCACCUCUACAGUCACCCGUGCUCCCGCGGCGGUGGAGACCGAGGGGCAAUCGAACCCUAGAGAAGAGUGUUCCUUUUGGGCGAGGUCUCGGGGGAGCCCUCUCCCCUCCGACGCCGAGAAGCCUGAGGAUUCAGCCCCCGCCAAGUGGGAUUCCCCGCAACGGCAGGAAGACCACGAUUCAGGCGAGCCCGGUUUUCCCCACGAACCAGGGCCGGGGAAUUCGCGUUCAGAGGGCAGCCAGCGCUCGCUCGCGGGCCCGGACCCGGAGAACGAGCCUGCCCUUCUGGACUCCCGGCACGACGCGGAGGACACCGUGAGCAGCAACAUCUGGGGGGCAGCUGAGGGUGUGCAGGAGGGCAGUGAAGUUUUUGAAACGGUUAUCAGCAUCGACGACAGAGGAAGGACCCUGUACAGCUUGGGCCAGUUCGACUCUUCCAUAGUAAGGGUCAAGAGUCAUCCCGAGGAGCCCCUGGAUCCCGCCGAAGGAAGUCUGACGUCGACCGGAUCACGGACUAAUGAGGCGUCUUUGAAGGACCCUGCCCCGUCUGGGAAAAAGAAGAAAUCCGAAGGGCAUUUCAUUGGGGAAUCGAUUCGAAUCCCUUGUGACGACUGUGGAUUUUUAGCAGAUGGCCUGAGCGGACUCAACGUUCACAUAGCUAUGAAGCACCCGUCCAAGGAGAAGCAUUUCCACUGCUUGCUCUGUGGAAAAUCGUUUUACACGGAGAGCAACCUCCACCAGCAUUUGGCCAGCGCGGGCCACCUGAGGAAUGAGCAGGCCAGCGUGGAAGAGCUUCCGGAGGGCGGCGCCACCUUCAAGUGCGUCAAGUGCACAGAGCCCUUCGACUCGGAGCAGAGUCUGUUUCUCCACAUUAAAGAACAGCACGAGGAACUGCUGCGGGAGGUCAAUAAGUACAUCGUGGAGGACACGCAACAGAUCAACCGUGAGCGAGAGGAGAAUAAGGGGAACGUGUGCAAGUACUGCGGGAAGAUGUGCCGGAGCAGCAAUUCCAUGGCCUUCCUGGCCCACAUUCGCACUCACACAGGAUCAAAGCCGUUCAAGUGCAAGAUAUGCCACUUUGCAACAGCGCAGCUUGGCGAUGCCAGAAACCAUGUCAAGAGGCACCUUGGGAUGAGGGAAUACAAGUGUCACGUCUGUGGGGUCGCUUUCGUGAUGAAGAAGCAUCUGAAUACUCAUCUCCUAGGGAAACACGGAGUCGGAACGCCUAAGGAAAGGAAAUUCACCUGUCUCCUGUGUGACCGCAGCUUCACCGAGAAAUGGGCCCUCAACAAUCACACCAAGCUCCACACGGGAGAGAAGCCCUUUAAGUGCACCUGGCCAACCUGCCACUAUUCUUUCUUGACCGCCUCGGCCAUGAAGGACCACUACCGGACUCACACAGGCGAGAAGUCCUUCCUGUGUGACCUCUGUGGCUUUGCGGGCGGGACGCGCCACGCGCUUACCAAGCACCGGCGGCAGCACACAGGGGAGAAGCCAUUCAAAUGUGAUGAGUGUAAUUUUGCCUCCACGACCCAGUCCCAUCUGACGCGACACAAGCGAGUUCAUACUGGAGAAAAGCCGUACAGAUGUCCCUGGUGUGACUACAGGUCCAACUGUGCUGAAAACAUCCGCAAGCACAUCUUGCACACGGGUAAGCACGAAGGCGUGAAGAUGUACAACUGCCCCCAGUGUGACUACGGCACCAACAUCCCCGUGGAGUUCCGCAACCACCUGAAGGAGCAGCACCCCGACAUCGAGAACCCUGACCUCGCUUACCUGCAUGCAGGGAUCGUCUCCAAGUCCUACGAGUGCCGCCUAAAGGGGCAAGGGGCGACCUUCGUGGAGACGGAGCGCCCCUUCACGGCCGCGGCCACCGCCGAGGGGUCUCCGGUCCAAGAGAGGCCGUCCCCGGGGGGCCACCGGCAGGGGCCGCCCGCGGAACCGGUGCAGCAGGUCAUCAUCAUCCACGGCUACGACGGGGACCUGGCCGUGGACGCGUCCGUGGAGGAGACGGCGGCCGCCACGCUGCAGACCCUGGCCCUGGCCGGCCAGGUGGCCCGAGUGGUGCACAUCACGGAGGACGGCCGGGUCUUCGCCGCCAGCCAGAACGGGCCCCAGCUGAGCGCCGGGCUGCCGCGCCAGGUCCUGACCGAACAGCUGCCCGACGGGGCCACCCGCGUGGUGGUGCUGGAGGGGCCGGAGGAAGGGCCGGAGGAUGGGGUCACUCCCCUCGGGGCCAGACCGCAGCGGGAGACCGGGCGGGGGUCUCCGGGCCCCUCGGAGGCCGGCCAGGCCCCUCCCGACGCACCGUCCGCCCUGGACGCCCUGCUGUGCGCCGUCACCGAGCUGGGGGCCACGGUGGCACCCGGGGGUGGAGCCCUGCCCGGCGCCGGCCCGAAAGACCUGAUCCUCCAGGUGCCCGGCCGGGAGGCGGCCGAUGCGGAAGGCCUGGCCGAGCCCGGGAGCCCGCACCUGCCACCCUUCCCCGGGGCCCAGGAGCAGGCAGAGCCCGUGGACGUGCCAACCCAGCUCGGGCCCCCGGCCGCCCUCCCCACAGCCACGCUGGACAGGAGCCACGUGGCCUUCAAGAAGAUGGUCCAGGGAGUCCUGCAGUUGGCCAUGUGCGGCCCGGAGGCGGCCGACCAGCUGAUGAAGGAGGGCGUCACUCAGCUCAUUGUCAAUGAGGAAGGCACCGUGCACAUGGUGGCCGGCGACGGGGCCCAGAUCAUCAUGCAGGGCCCGGUCCCCGACGCGUUGGGCCUGCCGGCUGAGCAUCUGGACCUGAUGGGCUCCGGCCGGGAGAUCUCCCAGAUCAUAGUCACAGAGGACCUGGCCCAGGCCAUGGCGCGGGAGUCCGCCGGCGGCUUCGCCGAGGGCACGACCCAUUACAUCGUCACCGAGCUGCCCCAGGUGCCGGGCGAGGGGGAAGGGGCGGCAGCUGCGGCGGUGUACUCCCACACGGUCAUCGAGGCAGCCGGGUCCCCAGAGGCUCUGAGCGCUGCUGCCGCCCCAGCUGGGGAGCAGUUGACCAGCAUGGUCAUCUACACCCAGGGUGGCCCACAGGGGCAGUGAGGGCACCCACGGGUGCCCUAGGAAGAUAAUAACCCUUUGGGGGUGGGGGUCACGGGUGGGAAUCCUGACCUGGACUUUGACAACCUGACACAGGCUGAGGUGAAAAUAGCACACACGUGCACAUGUGCGCGCAUACACACGCGCACACACAUGUACAUAUGGGGGCAGUCGACCCCUGACCUUCAUCUGUGGAACCUUCAAGGUGGGGGCAACGCAGCUAACACCCAAACCCUUCUGGUGCCCUCUGCCAGGGGUGAGAUCAGCCCUGGGAGCUGGGCUUGAGAGCCCAGGAACUUAAUGAGCCACUGGUGGCUGUGAAAGAGAAGUAACAGUCCGACCCCUGGAGAAGACCUCCCGGAAGAGUCAGAUGGAGGUUGUCUGUUCAGGAAAUUGGCCGACCUCUUCCUGGCGGCCCAUUGACCAGGGCGGGUGUCCCCCCGGCCCUUCUGAGCGAGUACGACUUGGGUCCUCCAACAUUUUGUGUCUGGAAGCCAGCAGGUGAAGCCCCACCCUGGACCUCUGGACAUUUCUGCCGUGGCAGCCCAGCAGUGAUCUCAGCCAACAGUCUCGGUCCGAGGCGGGAGGUGGCGGCGCCGUUUGAGACCUAUUAGGAGUUUGGGGACCCGAACCCCACAUCGCUCCCCGCAAUUCCAUCUGGUCGGCGGCCCCUGCGGCGACUCUCCCGGUGACCGUGACGACUUGUGGCACUGCACCGCGCCGCGUUUUGGGAGACCUUCACAGCUGCAGUCUGGGAAGCGCCCCGGCUCCGUCCCGGAACAGCGGGUCUGCAAAGAGCAGAGGCCUGCACCUCCGACUUAACUUUCCUACCUUAAAAGUCUGUAUUUGAAUUGUGAAAUUUGGAACCGUAAUGUCAAUAUUUUGCUUUUUUACAAAUAGCUCUUCAUACAGAUAUUACUUUUGCCCACUCGCUUUGUGACUGAAACGCCACAGAGGUGCUGACGUUAACGAGGCAGGAAGGUGACCCUGCCUCUGCUGCUCUGGCCAGACGUGGAUGCCGGUGGUCGGGGCCGGCUACUGCCGUGGGCCCGGCGAACCCUCCCUCCCCUAGACAGGGCUCGGUGGCCGGCCACCUGGGUCCCAACCCGGGCGAGCUCCUCGGGGCCACGGCUGCUUCUGUGGGCUCGGUUGUCGUCUUGCCCAAUAAAAUGAUAGCAGCACUGCA